AUGGCUGGCAAGGUUUGGCAACGAUCAUUCCCCGCUGGCACCGGCCUCGAAAAGGCCCUCAGCGCAGCCCGAGACUCUGCCCCUGCGGCUCCCAUCCAGAGCCCCCCUGGCGGCAGCACACCAGAGGAGCUUCAAGCGCUGGUAGAUGCAGACGUCGGCGCCGAGGGCUUCACCCUCUCGUCCUUCACGGCCGAAGACGCCGUCGAGCUCGGCAACCUCCUCUACGCGCGCCUCCUGCCCUUUGCCCGCCAGGGCCGCGCGACGCUCAUCUCCAUCAGCAACGGCGCCGGAUCCCAGACGCUCUACCAGGUCGCCACGGGCGCGGGCGUGACGCCGGACAACGAGAGCUGGGUGCGCCGCAAGCGCGCCGCCGUGCUGCGCUUCGGAGUCAGCUCGUGGUACCUGGGGCAAAAGUACGCCGGCAACGAGGCUGCGUUUGCGGCCAAGUUUGGCCUGGGGCCGAGCGAGGCUGGAGAGUAUGCGAUUCAUGGCGGCGCGGUGCCGAUUCGGGUCCAGGGCGUGGCCGGAGUGGUGGCCGUGGUUGUUGUGAGCGGGUUGAAGCAGUUUGAAGACCAUGGGGUCAUUGCUGAGGUGAUUCGGGAGAAUUGGCAGUAA